AUGCCUUACAAUACAACCGCCAUUCCCCCUCGACGGGAACCAGCAGGUUCAACACAGCUGCCUCUAUCUCGGAUAAAAAAGAUGAUAGCGCUGGAUCAAGAUAUCGCCACGUGCGCCAGCAGCGCCUCAUUCCUCAUCACAAUAGCAACCGAGAUGUUCAUUCAAUAUAUGGCAGAGCAAGGACACAAUGUCGUAAAAUCAGAGCGUAAGCCGCGACGGAAUAUCCAAUACCGUGAUCUCUCAAACGCUGUAGCCCGCCUCGACAACCUAGAAUUCCUGGUUGACGUUGUCCCCCGCACCGUCCCCUAUAAGCAAGUGAGAGAGAAGAAGACUCCCACCGCGGCAGUAGGAGGAACGAGCCAUGGUCAUCCUACGGUCAACAGUGAGAACAGCAAUGUGGAGGCCGGACAGAUGACGCUCGAUGUCACGCUACCUAUUAUGAACGGAAGUGCGAAUGGCUUUCCGUCGCAUGGAGGAGCAGGCUCUGCUGAUAGAGAGAGCAGCGUGGCGGAUCCUAAUAUGCAAUUGGAGAUGGAAAAUCGGGUUGCCAGGAGGAGCACCAGUCAGGAUGCGGAGAUGAGUUGA